CUGGACCAAUGGCGCGGAUGAGGCCGCUGUGUCGUCAAGGAUGCAGAGCUGAAAGCAAGGCAGUGGCUUCCAUGAGCCUAAAUACCUUCCCUCCGCACGCUCGGUAUCGCGACGGGGGAGAGCAAAACCUUUAAACAAAUUCCUCAGUUUUCCCCGCAGAUAGCCGGAGUCAAAGCCGUGAGGAAGCCCGGGGGUCGCAGUGAAGCCCAACCCACUGGCGCUGAGAGAACCUCGCCCGGGACCCGGAUCCAGGCCGCAUGUCCCGCGAGGCUCCGCCCCUGACGGCGACACCCAAUCCCGGGUGUACCCGCCCCCUUACUGAAUUUUGGCCCCGCCUCCGCCCUCCGAUUGGCCGGACGCCAGCUCUACGCCGCACUGGCAAGACGCGGAGGAGCGGCCUCCGCCAGAAGACAGGGCACCCGCGGCCUUGCUGCGCAUGCUCGCGCUGUGACCCCGGCUUGAGGUAACGGCGCGAGCUGAGGCGGGGGCCCUUGGCGUGGAGGCUGAGGGACCCGCCGCGGCGCUGUCGCCGGAGAGGGAGGGCACCGCUGCCGUCGGCUAGAAGCCAAGGAGCCUUUAGUGACCGUGGGAUCCACGACAUCUCCACAUCGCUGUCGCCACCCAGCCAGGGCAGCGCCAGCACCAGCUCAGACGCAAGGACAGAACUGCUGGACUCCAGGUUCCUUGCCUGGGAGUAGAAGAAAUCCACCUGCUGGGGGCUGAGUGUGGCCUGAGGGACAGGCCCUGGGUCCUGGGAUGCCCCUGCCCGAGCCCAGCGAGCAGGAGGGUGAGAGUGUGAAGGCCGGCCAGGAGCCAUCCUCCAAGCCAGGCACAGAAGUCGUCCCGGCAGCCCCCAGGAAGCCCAGAAAGUUCUCCAAACUGGUCCUGCUCACAGCCUCCAAAGACAGCACCAAGGUGGCGGGGGCCAAGCGCAAGGGCGUGCACUGUGUCAUGUCCCUGGGGGUGCCAGGCCCUGCCACCCUUGCCAAGGCCCUCCUGCAGACCCACCCCGAGGCCCAGCGGGCCAUUGAGGCAGCCCCUCAGGAGCCUGAGCAGAAACGGAGCAGGCAGGACCCAGGCGCAGACAGAACAGAAGACAGUGGAUUAGCAGCGGGGCCUCCUGAGGCUGCCGGGGAGAACUCUGCCCCCUGCUCUGUGGCACCUGGCAAGUCCCUGUAACCUUGACAACAGGUGCAUCCUCCCAGGCCACCAAGCCAGCCAUAGGCUUUUCUCUGUCCACAGGGCUUCUGGGGCCCAAUCGGUGAAUCUUUGCUUUCAACAUUGUGUAAUUGCUUUCUUCUUUUUUUUUUUUUUUUUUUUUAGAUCAAGUAUAAGUUACUUUUGUAAGCAGAAAAAUACUUUCAAACAAGAAUAAAAGAAGCUGUUCGCUAGACCCCA